AUGUAUUUCUUGGAUGAUGGAGACGGCUUUGUGUUAAACGGACCGGACAAUGCUGAGAAAGCCACUGUUGUUGUCUGGGAAUGGAAACCACACUCAGGGAAGGAAAUCGGAGAAUUUACUUUUAGAAGAACGGGGAACUCUUGGAUCAAAGAUAACGCCGCUGGCAACUUGUACCCGGAGAUGAAACUGAAAGUAAUAGCAUCUGCAGAACGUUCUCAGCCCAUCAUCAUCAAUGUCAAAGGGACCAACUUCGUGAAUCGACUGGUGACCUCAGGGAAACUCUACGAUGGCAAGGAUUUCAAUGUGAGGAUUGUCCCCGUUGUGUUUCAAGAUGCCGGAGUUUACGUCUGUUUUCUGGAAUCAACUCCAUUUCCCACCAUUUAUCUAAUCACAGUGAAAGUCACAGCUGAACCGUCUGAUGCAGUGACUGAGGGAGACAACGUUACCCUGACCUGCUCUGUGUCUCACGUCAUUGGGUCAAUGAGACUGGUUUGGAUCAAUGGCGAUGGCAAACGUGUUGGAGAAAAGACACUGACUGUGGAAGAGAAAUCACUGAGUCUGGUUAUUCAGAAAGCUGAGAGAGGCAGAGGGAACUGGAGAUGUGUUUUGUUUGAUCAAGACCUGCCCCGGCUUUUUGUCCCGUACUAUCAGAAGGACAGUAGUAAGUGAUAAGGGUUUGUUCUUCAUACUUAGAGUCAUGAUUGAGUUUUGAUGUCGCUUAUUGAUCCUGAAAUUUGAGUG